AUGGACUCGACGCACUCGGACAAAGCCGGAGACUUCUCAGAACGUGUUGAGCAAGUCAAUCCCAGUGAAACACAAGAGAUCCCUAAUAAUUACUACAAGAACAAGCUCUUCAUCGGCACCUGUGGGGCAGUAGCUAUCAGCUUGGUUAGUGGAACGGGAGCAUUUUCUCUGGCAGCGCCAGUCCUCAACUCAAUCAACAAUGACCUCGGUCCAGACCCAAACUUCGUCUGGAUUGGUCUGGUUAACACCCUGAUGCUCGCAUGCGGAUAUAUCAUUGUGGGACGCUUGAGUGACCUAUGUGGAAGAAGGUACUUCUUCGUGGGAGGCAACACCCUCGGUCUCGUCGGUGCAAUUGUCUGCAGUCGCGCAUCUUCGAUUACGAAUUUGAUCGGAGGAAAUGUGCUUCUCGGCCUCGCCGCAUCGGUGCAGACGUCCAUCCCAUUUGUGAUGGGCGAGCUCGUCCCGAUGAAACACCGGUUCUUGGUGACUGGCCUGUUCUAUUUCUUUGCCAUCCCUUGCGCCGUGUUCGGACCUGCAAUCUCCUAUGCGUUCAUCGAGCACACGAGCGCCGGGUGGAGGUGGAUCUAUUACAUGCUCAUCAUCACCAACGGCGUGGCUACUACACUGUGGGCGAUCUUCUACCAUCCUCCAACUUUUGUCAUGAUCACACGGAAGACAAAGUGGCAGAUGGUCAAGGAUUUUGAUUACAUUGGGUUUGCGUUAUCUAUUGGCGGCAUCCUGGUCUUCCUGAUGGGCCUGAGCUGGGGAGGCAGCGUCCAUCCUUGGAAAUCCGGUUAUGUCAUAGGAUUCAUCGUUGUUGGGCUUCUGUCAAUGGUCGCUUUCGUCGUGUACGAGAACGUCCGAAAGCUACCCGAUCCCAUUAUCCCCUUGCAUUUGUUCAGCAAUAUCCCGUGGGUUGUCAACAUCGUUAUCAACGCGUUGGCGGCGUCGGCUUUCUACGGCUUUUCCAUUGUCGUUCCUCAAAUGGUUUUUGGGGUUUGGACAAGUGACCAGGCAUACGGAUCGAUCGUCGCCUGCUCUAGCUCUGGCGGCUUCAUCAUGGGCAUUAUUCUGUCCGGUCUGGCGCGAUUUCUAGGACCUUUGAAAUGGCAGAUGAUCGUUUGUGCCGUCAUCUCCACAGCCCUUUUGGGAUCCGUCGCUUGUGCAACCACUGACAACAUGCAUACUGUGUUAGGCCUCCUCAUCACUGGCUGCGUCUUUUGUGGAUACAUUGAAGGUUCCACAGUAACUACAAGCUCUCUUGCCAUCCGCGACCAAUCCGAGAUCGGCAUUGCUGUCGGCGUUGGUGCAACGACUCGCGGUAUUGGCGCGACAAUUGCAACGACCAUCUAUGUCGUUACUCUUUCCAAUAGGCUUGCCACCACCAUUCCUGAAUUGGUCCCACCAGCGUUGUCACAAGCUGGGCUGCCGAAAUCUUCGAUCACAGACUUCAUGCUUGCCCUCCAGAGCGGCUCCUUCGAGCAGGUGGCAGGCGUAACACCAGAGAUCAUCGCCACUGGCGUUAGAGCAUAUCAACAGGCACAGGUUGAAGCAUUCAGGACCAUAUUUUUCGUGUCUAUUGCAUUCAUUGGCAGCAUUGUGAUUCUCGCAUUCUUCAUGCCGGACCUCAAGUCGAAAAUGUCCGACGACGUCCGCGCCCUACUGCGUGGGAAAAAGGAAAGAGAGCGGUAUAUCGAAGACAUCGAAGCGAGAAGACAAGCUGCAGAGCCCGUGGGCUCGAGAGGCGACGGCCAACAAGCUGAUGACAUGGCCGAUGAAAAACUUGGAGCCAGAGAUUAG